AUGCUACUACUAGCCUUUCAAGCAUUUCUGCUUCCUCUUCUUCUUCUGCAGCCACGCCUUAUACUAUCUACCUCUGAAACCACCACUUCUUCCGGCCAUGCAAUUCCGUACCCCGCCUUUGAACACUUUAAUGUUAAAGAAACCAUUGCCGCCGAGACAAAUAUUCGAGCCCCAUAUGAAUACAAUGAACUGAGUGCUGAUGAACAGGAGAAUAAGACAUGGAAGCUUCACUUGGUUCACAGAGAUAAGCUUUCUUUUGCCUGGUUGAAUGACCAUCGCCGCCGUUUCGAAUCUCGCAUGAAAAGGGACGUUAAAAGGGUGGCUAGCUUGAUUCGUCGCCUGAAAAUAAGCGGCGCCGGCGGAGGAGGAGGUGGCAGAAAGGCUAGUUAUGAGGUGGAUGAUUUUGGGUCGGAGGUGAUUUCGGGUAUGGACCAGGGUAGUGGAGAAUACUUUGUGCGGAUUGGUAUUGGAAGUCCAGCCAGGAGCCAAUACAUGGUGAUUGAUUCUGGAAGUGAUAUUGUGUGGGUCCAAUGUCAACCCUGUAGCCAGUGUUACCAUCAGUCGGAUCCAGUAUUCGACCCAGCAGGUUCAGCUUCAUUUGCCGGGGUGUCGUGUAGCUCAUUGGUUUGUGGUCGGGUCGAGAAUUCGGGUUGCCAUGCCGGUCGGUGCAAGUACGAGGUCGCGUAUGGUGAUGGGUCGUACACUAAAGGUACACUCGCCCUCGAAACGCUCACCAUUGGACAUACCGAGGUCCAAAACGUGGCCAUUGGAUGUGGGCAUAUGAAUCAGGGCAUGUUUGUUGGAGCUGCCGGGUUGUUGGGUCUUGGAGGAGGAUCCAUGUCACUCGUGGGUCAAUUGGGUGGGCAAACGGGUGGAGCAUUUAGUUAUUGCCUCGUGAGUCGGGGCACGGACUCAUUCGGGACAUUGGAAUUCGGGCGCUCUGUAUUACCCAUUGGUGCUGCGUGGGUACCCCUACUCCGAAACCCGAGAGCCCCAAGUUUUUACUAUAUUGGGCUUUCUGGUCUCGGUGUUGGUGGCAUGCAGAUCCCAAUAAGUGAGGACAUUUUUCGACUAACUGAACUAGGCGAUGGAGGGGUGGUAAUGGACACUGGAACUGCCGUCACAAGGCUACCAACCGCAGCCUACUUGGCAUUCCGUGACACAUUUCUCGCAGAGACGGCCAAUCUACCUCGAGCACCUAGUGUCUCAAUAUUUGACACUUGCUACGACUUGAGCGGGUUUGUGACCGUUCGAGUACCAACAAUAUCAUUUUUUUUAUCGGGCGGACCGAUCGUAACUCUUCCCGCUAGGAACUUCCUAAUUCCAGUGGAUGAAAGGGGUACAUUUUGUUUUGCAUUUGCUCCAUCACCUUCAGGACUUUCCAUAAUAGGGAACAUUCAACAAGAAGGUAUUCAAAUCUCUUUUGAUGGAGCAAAUGGUUUUGUGGGAUUUGGGCCCAAUGUUUGCUGA